CGAAAUUACACCAAAAGAGGGGUAUAUGGCGGAAGAUUUAUUAAUGGAACAAUGAUUCAUUUCAGCGAUUACAAAACAUCGAAUACUAAUUUAAAUUGGUAAUCUGUAUAUCUACAAGAUGUAUAGUGGGUAUUCACUGCAGCAUCGUGGUGGCGGAGGUGGCUCCUCACAGUCCCUGCACUAUGACGAGGAAGAAGCACUGGCACUUGUGAGAUUUCUCGAGAAAGACGAUCUGGAGAAACUGGUUAAUGAUGAUACGAAGCUGAAUGAACUCAUAACAGAUGUUAAUCAGGUGAAGCGACUUCAAGUUGAGCGAGACACAGUGUUUGCCAGUAACAAGAGUCUUGCUGAACACAAUCUUUCUCUGGAGCCACAGUUCACUCAGUUAAAACGGGAGGUAGCCACGUUAAAUGAGGAUGUAAACACGCUCAAGAUGAACCUUGCCAAGGACUCUGCCCAACUAGAUACACACUUCAGUGCGCAGUCGUUGGACACCACUUUGGCUCUACUGCAGACAGAAUCAGCUGUAGCAGAAGAAAAGUCUGAGAAUUUGGCUGAUAGUUUCUGUAAAAAGGAAGUGUCUGUGGAUACCUUCAUGACAGAUUAUCUCCCUUUGAGGUCACUAGCACACGCCCGUCGAAUCAAAGUGGAGAAAAUGACAGAGUUAGUGAGGAAUAUGAGAAACGUCCAAACCCAGUCGGCGACACAACCUGCUAGCCAGUGGAUGGGAGCUAGCACUGCACCCUACCCUACAUCCAUGGGUGGGAUGCCGCAGCCUUUCUUCAGAUAAUGAACACAUGCUCAUUUUGUAACUUAUCAGUCAUCUUCUGUGUAAUGUACAUCUAAAAUUGACAUGCUAAUCACCAAUGCUGUCUCUGUUUUACAAGUAGUGUCAGAAUGUUGAGUGAUAUUUCUUUUCUGACAAGUAGUGCUUGAGCAAUAAUUCGGUCUUUCUUUGUGACUUCUGUAUUGUGAAACUAAAGAGUUAACAUAGAUUGAUUCUGUGAUAUAUAGACCAAAUGUAAAAAUGUCGGUGCUAAAUGGUUUCACUGGCUCAGAUUGAUUGAUUGAUGAUAAUGUACCACCUGUUUAAUUCGAAGGAAUGUUUAAUGACACCCUAACACAAAAAUACUCAUCUAGCUAUUGGAUGUCAAACAAAGGUAAGUAUACCCAUUGAUUGAUGAUAAUUUACCACCUGUUGAUUCAUGAUAAAUAAGGAACAUGAUCCUCUAACAACAUUGUAUAGUGCUUGUUUAAACCUUUAUUCUUUGAUACAAAUGAUAUUCUCUCAUUAUCUGAUAUAUCAUAUCUGAUUAUUGUUUAUCACCAGUAAUGUGAGAAUUUUGCUUAUAGAGGACUCCUGGAUAAUCAGUCUGUUUGGACCUGUAGAUGUGGAACCUGGAGUCUUUACUUGGUGUGAACCGAAGAGUAGGUAAACUAUCCAGACACAUGUAGUAGCAUUGCUAUUGCUAAAUGUCAAUCCUGACAUGUCAUCACAGACUCGUUCCAGCCAGUGCACCAUGACUGGUAUACCAAAGGCCGUGGUAUGUACUACCUUGUCUUUGGGAUGGUGCAUAUAAAAGAUCCCUUGCUGCUAAUUAAAAAGAGUAGCCCAUGAAGUAGUGACAGCGGGUUUCCUCUCUCAGUAUCUGUGUGGUCCUUAAUCAUAUGUCUGAUGCCAUAUAACCGUAAAUAAGUAUCGGGAGUUGACUAAUUUAUACAGCAGUUGGAAGUGCAGAGUGUUUGCCAAUCAUGGAAUACAGUCCAAUGUCGUGUGUUAUAUGUGGGUGAUCCGUUUAAAUUGUGGACAACUUGAUGAGAAAAAUAACAGAGUGGAUUAUAGGUACAAUAAUUGUUUUUAAUGUUUAUGUGGUAUUACGAUUAUGAUUGGACAAUAAUAUAUAUAUAUAUAUAUAUAUAUAUAUAUAUAUAUAUAUAUAUAAUAAUAAUAAUAAUAAUAAUAAAAACCACAUAUUUAGUAAGACAUGCAACUAGACGAGUGUAUUAGAUCUAUUCGAUAUACAUGUAGUACAUUGUAUAAGCAGGGCCAUUUAUCUGAGAUAAGGCAAGUAGAUGUAACAUGAAAAUCACAUUAUUACUCUCGUUUUUCUUUUUGUGUAUAUUUAUUUGUAAAUAUGUCUGUACAUAAUAAUGCUAAUAAACGUAAGGAAUGAUU